GUAUAGAUCUAAUGCCUUAUGGUUGCGUUGUGGUUCGUUUCCUUGUUGUUGGUUUGCCUUGUACAUUCUGAACCAUAUAGGGAUUGUGGAUCUAAAGUUGGAAAAUUACAUUCACUGACUGUAACACCAUGUGACAGGAUACCGUGUGCGUUAUAUAAAGGUCGAAACGCCACUGUUACAAUUGAAUUCAGUACCCAAGAGACUGUAAAAGAUGGUCAUAUUUCUGUACAUGGAGUGAUUGCACAUGUACCAGUACCAUUUCCACUUGACAACUCAAAAUUAUGCAACUUUGUCAGCCCAGUGUGUCCUUUAACUCCAUCUAUAGAGAACUAUACACACACGUAUUCUUUGUAUGUUAGCACAUCAUAUCCAUCGACGGCAUUUCCAGGGAAGCUAGUUAUCCGUAGAGAAUGUUUUACUUCUGCAUCAUUACAGUAUGUACACCAGUUAAUAUACUGAUAUGAAUUUGGCUUCGAAUUUUACGUAUGUAGCUUUUUGUCUCCGCACUCUUGCAAACUAUUCCCCUUACAAGUAUGCUUUUUAGGAAAUAAUCUUAAACAUCGUCAGCAUAUAGAUCGGCACAAAUAUGCGUUGUCCCAAGUUGCCAUACGUAACUGGCACAAUGUGCUGAGAAUAACAAGCGAUCAAAAUAGUGAAGUAGCAAUCAUAAAAAGAAGGACUUAACCUUAGGAAUAUAGUUUAAAAGGAUAGAGUCGGAAAACGUAUAUAUGAAAGGAUGCUGAAAUUCAAGAUUAACUACUUUUAUGAAUCCGUUGUCCAUCUUGUUGUGUUAAUGAG